CUUACGUCUCGCCUCCCCUCCUCGUCAAUGCUCUUUAUGACUGCCACCCGCGGAAAUGGCCUCCACGUCGGACGACCGCAUAUCUUCUUUGAUAGGGCAGCUCAAUUCUCCGCCCAAGGCUUCUUUAUCCUUGGAACGCACGUCGCGGACGACCAAUCUAAAGUUAUUGAUUUUGACCUCUGGAUCGACUGUACGAAGGUAGUGGGAGUCCGAUCGGGGCAACUCGUGGCGGGUAAUGCAAGUGGCUGUCAGUCAUGGGAGGAAUCCUCCGUUCAGAACGGCUCCGGAUUUGGGGAGAUAGUAGCUGGCUGGCUGCGUGAAAGUCCAGACAGGCCAAGCUGGACGCUUCACAAAUCAGCAUCCAUCCCUGAUGGCGAUUUCACAGCAUUCAAGUCUCAUGUCGAACGCCUAGCACGCAGUACCGCCUAUGGUGGGUCUGUCGAGGUGGUGUUUCACACUCCAUCUAUUGAGCUGGAUGCCCUGCCUGAGCAACACGACGUGCAAAUUCGAGCGGCGUGGAGCUUCGAGUGCCCUUUCACCCCUGCUGAUUAGGUCUGGAAUCAGGCGGUGAUGAAUGCCAUGGUCGACCGCAAGAAGGCUACAAUUUCUCCGAGUCAUGAGUCUAGGCCAUCUCAUGAGAUGUCUCCUUUCCGGCGAGCUAUCAGAAAAGGCGGUACGUCUCGGGUCGUGUUGCAGGGGCAGGGUCCGGAUGGAGUUCAGCAUUCCGUGAGACAAUAUUCACGAUGGGGCGGUGAUGGGUCAGCGCAAAAGAGGAUUUAGCAUCAGCAUGAACUGGAAUGAUUGUGGAAUAAGUGUAUGGCGGCUGUGUUGCAGUCAUUCGCACAGUGAUAUACGUUAAGCAUUAGUUACUUCGUCUAGACGUGAAAUACUUAGUCCUUG